GAGGGAGCGAGAGAGAGCGAGGCGAGACAAAGAUGGCGGCGACGGCGGGUAAAGCAGCGUGACUCGGUGUAGCGGCGGCACAUAACCCGAAAUAAAACCGCUGUGCGAGUGGCGACUGUGAGCAUGGAGGGCUCGACACUGUAGGCGACCACCCUGCACUGCGAACCACACCUUCUGCCCCGAAAGAGCGUCCGUCGUGUGUUUGAGAGAGGGGCGAAUCUCACCGGGAGCAUGGCUUCGCGCAGCAACCAGUACAUCUUUGGGGAGUUCAGCCCGGAUGAGUUCAAUCAGUUCUUUGUGACUCCUCGCUGUUAUGUUGAGCUUCCCCCCUUCAAUGAUAAAGUCUCCUGUAUCAGUCAUAACUCAGGAGGUUACUGCCCUCCUGCUGUGCCUUACAUUACGGAAUCAGUGAGACGGCAGGUUUGCGGAGAAGACUACCAACACAUUGAGUUUGGCGUUGAUGAGGUGAUGAGCUCAGAGCCAGUGUCCAUGAAAGACCCUUUGUACAAAGUGUCCAGCACUCUGAACCCCCAGGCUCCUGAGUUCAUCCUGGGCUGCCAGUCAGCUCAGAAGACCCUUCCUGCAGCCACACCCAUUGCUGACAUUCCAGAUGGCACAGACUUCAGUUCUGUGGACUGUGCUGACUCUGAGGCUUCUGUCCUGGACAGCCACCAGGCCAGCUCCGAUCUGGACGGGGUAUCCAGCAGCCUGGGCCAGCGGGAGAGGAAAAAAAAGAAAAAACGACCGCCAGGAUACUACAACUACCUAGAGGGCUCCAGCAACAGCAGCGGUGGAGCUGUGGACGGAGUGGCGGCCUCUGGGCUAGUUAACGGACAUGCGCUCAGUGCUCCGGCUCUGGCUUCGGAGGACAUGGUUGGCGAGGUGCUGUCAGGGGCCAACUUGGCCCCUGCCACCCCUCUCACUUCUGCCCCAUCCACAGCUCGGGCUGCCCCUCCCUCUAAUCAGAGGACUUGCAUUAGCCCUGAUCAAUCUUCUUUGGACUUGACGAGUGGAGCUGCCUCUUUGUCGGACGGUCACGCUGCGGCCUCCUCGUCAUCUUCCUCUUCCUCCUCUCAAAGCAGUGGGCUGGCAGAGGGGGCCAGGACUGCAGCGCAGCACAUGGACCCCCUGGCUUUAGAGAGCCCCGAACUGCAGGGCAGGGGAGGGAAAAGCCCCUGCCCGAACUCCCCCUCUCCACCUCCUGCUGCUGUGGCCACCACUGCACCUGCUACUACUGACGAGGAUCAGCCCGAGGGCUCAGGCCAGGCUAACGGGCUGCCAGAAGCAGCCCCAGCUGACGAAACGGUAGACAGAUUCCAGGAUUCAUCUGAGACACGUUCCGCUCUGGCCUCACCCCCUUCAGACUCCGAGGCUCAGCCUGUGACCGAGCAGGCGUCUUUGCCUGCUCCAGCUGCAGUGUCUGUGGCCAACCCCCCGAAAUCCUGGGCCAGCCUCUUCCACAACUCCAAGCCUCUGCCUGGAGGCCCUCAGGCCUAUGUGGAGGUGAAAAAUAUUUCCACUGUUGUUGCUGUGUCCCCGGCUACCGUUGAGCUGCCUGAGAAGCUUUGUGAAGUGCGAGAGGGCCCUGUUCCUGUCUCUGAGGAUCCAAUGGCCCCUAAAUUGGCAGAACUUAUUGAGAAUGUGAAGUUAAUACACAAACCAGUGUCUUUGCAACCAAGAGGAUUGGUCAACAAGGGAAAUUGGUGCUAUAUCAAUGCUACCCUACAGGCACUGAUUGCGUGCCCUCCAAUGUAUCAUUUGAUGAAGUCUAUUCCCAUCUUCAGCGAGAUGCAGCGACCCUGCACCUCUACGCCAAUGAUGGAUAACUUUGUUCGGCUUGUGAAUGAGUUCAGCAACAUGCCGGUCCCCUCCAAGGCCAAACAGCAAGCUGCUGGAGAGAAGAUAAUUAAAGAUAUCAGACCAGGCGUUCCCUUUGAGCCCACAUAUAUCUACAGACUCCUCACCCUCAUUAAAUCCAGCCUUUCUGAGAAGGGUCGGCAGGAAGAUGCAGAGGAGUAUCUGGGCUUCACCCUGAAUGGACUGCAUGAGGAGAUGCUGGCACUGAAGAAGCUUAUCUCUCCACAGGAAGAGACAGAAGUAUCCACACCCAAUGGGCCAGGGUCUCAUCCAGGUGCUGAGGAAGACCCUGCUGAGAGGGAGGGGGAGGAGGGCAGUGAGGAUGAGUGGGAGCAGGUGGGGCCCAGGAACAAAACUUCUAUCACUCGCCAGGCUGACUUCAUCCGCACCCCCAUCACGGACAUAUUUGGAGGGCACAUCAGAUCGGUGGUGUACCAGCAGAGUUCGAAGGAAUCGGCCACUUUGCAGCCAUUCUUCACUCUGCAGCUGGACAUCCAGUCGGAGAAGAUACGCACAGUUCAAGAGGCCUUGGAGACCAUGGUCGCGCGCGAGUCUGUUCAGGGCUACACCACUAAAACCAAGCAGGAGAUUGAGAUCAGCCGGAGGGUGACUCUAGAGGAGCUCCCUCCAGUGUUGGUGCUUCAUCUCAAGAGAUUUGUGUUUGAAAAGACUGGUGGCUGCCAGAAGCUGAUCAAGAACAUUGACUACCCUGUCGACCUGGAGAUUAGUAAAGAUCUCCUCUCACCAGGAGUGCGGAGCAAAACAUUGAAAGGCCAAAGAACCUACAGGCUCUUUGCAGUUGUUUAUCAUCACGGGAACAGCGCCACAGGUGGCCACUACACUACAGAUGUCUUCCACAUUGGGCUAAACGGCUGGCUGCGCAUCGACGACCAGGCAGUGAAAGUGAUCAACCAGUAUCAUGUGGUGAAGCAGACUGCAGAGCGCACUGCCUACCUGCUCUACUACCGUCGCGUCGACCUGCUGUAGAAACCCUGUGCGCACACGUGGCAACCAUGACUACAUACACAUGCACGCACUCUCUAACACAACAAACACACACACGCCCGCCACGCACGACACGCACAUGCCUCAACAGGAACACUGCCCAAUUUCUCUUGCGAGAUUUUUCCUCUUCCUGCCUCCCUUUCUUGCCCUCGUUCCUUGCUUUUCAAGAGAGCCAGCUUUUUCCAAUAAUUUUCUUCUUCUGUUUUGGAAGAAUAGACAAACGCAUACCUAAAAACUUUGAGAGAGAGAGAGAGUGAGUCUCUCUCUCUCUCUCUCUCUCUCUCUCUCUCUCUCUCUCUCUCUCUCUCUCUCUCUCUCUCUCUCUCUCUCUCUCUCUCUCUCUCUCUCUUUCUCUCUUUCUCUUCUCACAUCAGCUCUUCUCUUCUCUUUUCUUCUCUUCACUUGCAGCCCCACCUCUCACCACAGGAGUGGAGAUAUCUAGGGUUGAUGGAGACAGAUGCUGCAGAAAUUGGGGUGGGGAGGGUCUUCUGCCACAGACAGUAUGGACCGGAGACACUUCGGUACCCGCAGCCUCAUUUUAGACUGACACACUGUUAAAAACUCCAGCUAGCUGAGGCAAAAACUGAUGGACUGCUGGAGAGAAUUUUUUCUUUUUUCUUUUUUUGUUUAAUCUACUCUUUAACGGCAUAGCGAGAGGGGAAAAAAAUGAAUUGUUUUGCCUUUUAGCAAGGGGAUUUUGUUGGCCGGGUGAAUUGCAGAGGUUCAGUGAAGCCGGAUGAAAACCUUGUCUCGUUAAAUCUAGAGGCCCUGCACCAGCAAACUACAACAAAAAAAUAAAUGUGUAGAUCAGAACGUGCAAGUUUUAUAUCUGAACCCCACCCUCUUAUCCCUCAAGAGAGACACUCUGCUCCACUGCCUCUGCCACUUCCUCGCUCUGCCCCCAUUCCUCACGAUCACGUUGCUCUCAGGCCUAGCUGAGAUAACACUGGAGCCAUCGGAUAAAUCAACAAGGACACCGGGUUUGGGGAAGAAGUGCUGCGGUGGGCUGAGACAAAAAGAAAAACGGGGAAAAAAAAGCAAUCGGCUUCUUUGUUUGCAAGAACCUGGGUGUGGUUUCUGGGUGUAGAAUUAGACUGAUUAUCUAACAAUUUUAAUGCGCUUUAGGACAUUUGAUGAUUUACAAAAAGCUUUGUGCACGUAAAAAAUAUAAAAUUGAUCAAUAAUUUUAUGUGAUAUGGAUGUGCAUAUGCACAUUUUUUUGCAGAUAUUUAAAAGUUUCAAGUAUAGAAAAAUGAGCAAAUCUGAAUCUGGGUAAACCUUGUUCAGCUGCCAGGGGAAAGUUUGUGCUGCUUGCUAGGCUUUUUUUUUUUUGUGUAUUUCACAUUUGCAUAUAUAUACACACACACACACACAGACACAUACAGAGUUACAUGCUGGACAGAUACCAAUGAUGAGUGAGUUGUUUUUGUUUUUUUAAAUAACCCAUUCUUUAAUCCUGAUCAGUCCUGUUAGCCUAUUUCUGUUUCACAUUGUAUAGGGGUCAGUUGUCCAGUGCCUGCCUUGUCACACUGCAAGCUCAGCCAUUCCCGUCUCCUAGUUUUUGAAAAGGAGGCUGCCUUAGGAUUGGGUACACCCAUGUAGUCUACAUCCCUGUCCGUUUGACAGCCUGCCCCGCGCAGUCAGCCUGUUUGUACUCUACAUGUUGGAGCCGUGUCGAUGAGCUUUGAUGACGAUGCGUCAGAGUCAGGGCUCGAUGGUUGAUCUUUUUGCUCACUGAAUGGCUGGCGUUCCUAGAAGUGGAAUCCUGCUUCUGCAUGGCAACACAACCUGAUGACCUUAUGAGUGCACACAAAAAAAAAAAAAAAAAAAAAAGUUUGCUUUUGUUUCAGAUACCUUGAAACAUCUUAUUCAUAGAUUGUAUUGAUUAUUAUUAUUAUUUUUUUUUUUUCCCCCUCCAUUUAGAAAUGUUCCCACCCCACCCAUUCAUCAUCUGAAUUGAUAUUUGGAAAAAAAAUGACCCAAGGUAAAGCACAACAAUGAAUAAAGUUGUAUAAGUUCUAUG